AUGUCCAAACCACUUCCCACCAUCGCCUUCUUCGGCGCCACGGGCGGUUGCGCCCUCCACUGCCUAGUAUUAGCACUGCAAGCAGGCUAUCAUUGCAACGCAUUAACGAGCUACUCACCAAGGAAAAUAGUAGUCCGCACCCCAACCAAACUAACCGAUCUCCUCAUCACCCACGACAUCCCCUCUACCACAAUCACCACAAACCUGCACAUCAUCCCCGGCAACGCAACAGACACCACCGCCGUCCGCUUCACCCUCCUCACACCCGACACCAACGCGCCAGUCAGCCUAAUCAUUACCGGAAUAGGGAGCCGACUCAAAUUUGAGUCCCUGCUGCACCCGACCCUCGAGAACCCUACCAUCUGCCAGGACGCAAUGAGCACGCUACUCGAGGCUCUCCACUCCCUUCCUAAUCCCCAAGGAACGCAAAAGCCCAGACUCGUCGUUAUUAGCGGAACGGGCGUAGACGCCAAACGCGACGUGCCAUACUUGAUGCUUCCGCUGUUCAAUUGGAUGCUCAGGGUGCCGCAUGCUGACAAGAGGGUUAUGGAGGGAAUGGUUCUGGCUGAGACGGACAGUCAGAGUCCGGCGAUCGAAAAUUUUAUGAUUGUGCGGCCGAGUUUGUUGGUGGAUGGGGUCGGUUCUGGUGGGUUGGAGAAGGUCCGGGUUGGCACUGCCGAGGAGCCGGCCAUUGGGUAUGUGAUUAGUCGGGGGGAGGUUGGGAGGUGGGUGUUCGAGAAUGCGGUUGCUGGUUUGGAGGUGAAAGGGGAGGGGAAGAGAUAUUGGGGGCAGUUUGUUACACUUACGAAUUGA